AUGUUCCAGUGGAACCAUUUAACGCACUGCAGAUGUAGACUGACGUAUGCGUGCUUACGAACAUCGGCUGGUAGCGUGUCCACAAGAUGGCUAGCCAAUUUGACUGACCAUAAAAACGAGAAUCAUAGUUUUUCAAAAAAAAAUUUCAACAAUGUGUUCAUGCAAAAUAUCAGGAUUACGCAAGAUGGGCAGAUCAAGUGCGAGCGGUUCUUCUUUUCCAAGUACAGCCUACCCUACGUUCUGAACAUACCCGUGAGUGACCUGCGCCUGAUCGACUCCAGCAAUAACCACAAUCCCACCCUGCUGGUGAGGAAGAACAUGAUCCUUCUGCGCACGGGGUUCAUCAGUUGCGUGAUUCGAUUCAACGAAUUAUGGAUGUUCGAGCCGAAUAACCCCCUAGUGGUGAAGGCCACCAAUUUGGUUAAAAAGAAUUUUAAAAGGAAAAGUGACUUGGAUGGUGAAGAAGCAGAAGAAGAGAGGAAGAUAAAUGGGCAGGCGGAGAAGGUAGCGACAUGUUCCGAAGGGAAGGGUGAUGACUAUGUAGGGGUAGCUCAUAAGGCAUGUCCAAGAGCAGCUUCAGAUGAUCCACCUGAAGAUGGCGCUCCGUACUGUUCCCUAGAUGGUACGCAAGAGUGCCACUCUCCAGAAGAGUUAAACCACGUGAAUGUUAAAAACCAUUUUUAUAAACACAAAACGAACAUCUACUUCGAGUUCCUAUGUUUGGAUAUUUGCAUGCAGUUGUCUAUAAAGGAGUAUGAAGAAGACUUGUACCGCCUAAAUGAACGAAUCAAGGGAAUAAUCUUGCAACAACGGAAAGAGGAAAACAACGAAAUCAAUAUCCUGACAAAUAAUUUACUCAGAGAUAUGAUGAAAAUAAAGAACAGCUUGCAGAAAUUUUCAAAUUUGUUAAAUGCCCUCCGUAAUGGCAUUGAGAGAAUUUUAAAUAAUCAUACGGACAUGGAAAAUAUGUAUCUUACUUUUAUCAAAACAAAUAUACCGAAGGAAGGAAUUUCUUCUGGUAAUGGUAAUAGGUUAUUUAAUCCGUUAAAAGACUGCAGUGAUUUAGAGAUCGUUUUAGAGACUCACUUACAAUUAACGGAUGAGCUGUAUAGAGAAUUAGAAAACGUGGAAGAGAAAAUUACUCAUUAUGAAGAACUGAUGAGACUAAAUCUAGAUUACAAUAGAAAUAAAUUCAUUCUGUUAAAUGUGAAGAUAUCAUUUGCCACUUUGUUUUUUUCGAUUUCUUCUGUUAUUACAAGUUUGUUCGGCAUGAAUUUAAAAAAUUUUUGUGAAGAUAGCGACUAUGUAUUUUUCUUCGUGUCUCUUUCGGUCUGCAUAUCGUCUUUCCUUGGAAUUCAUCUCACGAGGAAUAUCAACACGAUUCUCCGCUUCUUCGACAGGUAUCGUGUGAAGUAA